AUGUUUCUGAUGGUGAGAACAAGGUUCCUGGCGGUGACGACAAGGUUCUUGGCGGUGACGACAAGGUUCCUGGUGGUGAGGACAAGGUUCCUUGCGGUUAGGACAAGGUCGCCGGCGGUGAGGACAAGGUUCCUCUCGGUGAGGACAAGGUUCCUCGUUGGUGGUGAGGAGAAGGUUCUUGGCGGUAAGGACAAGGUUCCUGGCGGUGAGGACAAGGUUCCUGGCGGUGAGGACAAUGUUUCUGAAGGUGAGGGCAAAGUUCCUGGCCGUGAGGACAAGGUUCCUGGCGGUGAGGACAAGGUUCCUGACGGUAAGGACAAAGUUCCUGGCGGUGAGGACAAGGAUUCAGACGGUGAGGACAAGGUUUCUAGCGAUGAGGACAAGGUUCCUGGCGGUGAGGACAAGCUUCCUGGCGGUGAGGACAAGGUUCCUGGCGGUGUGGACAAUGUUCCUGGCGAUGAGGACAAGGUUACUGGCGGUGAGGACAAGGUUCCUGGCGGUCAGGACAAGGUUCCUGGCGGUGAGGACAAGGUUCCUGGCGUGAGGACAAGGUUACUGGCGGUGAGGACAAUGUUCCUGGCGGUGAGGACAAGGUUACUGGCGGUGAGGACAAGGUUCCUGGCGGUGAGGACAAGGUUUCAGACGGUGAGGAGAAGGUUUCUAGCGAUGAGGACAAGGUUCCUGGCGGUGAGGACAAGCUUCCUGGCGGUGAGGACAAGGUUCCUGGCGGUGUGGACAAUGUUCCUGGCGAUGAGGACAAGGUUACUGGCGGUGAGGAUCAGGUUCCUGGCGGUUAGGACAAGGUUCCUGGCGGUGAGGACAAGGUUCUUGGCCGUGAGGACAAGGUUCCUGGCGGUGAGGACAAUGUUUCUGACGGUGAGGACAAGGUUCCUGGCCGUGAGGACAAGGUUCCUGGCGGUGAGGACAAGGUUUCAGACGGUGAGGACAAGGUUUCUACGAUGAGGACAAGGUUCCUGGCGGUGAGGACAAGGUUCCUGGCGGUGAGGACAAGGUUACUGGCGGUGAGGACAAAGUUUCAGACGGUGAGGACAAGGUUUCUAGCGAUGAGGACAAGGUUCCUGGCGGUGAGGACAAGGUUCCUGGCUGUGAGGACAAGGUUACGGGCGGUGAGGACAAGGUUCCUUGCGGUUAAGACAAGGUCCCCGGCGGUGACGAAAAGGUUCCUCUCGGUGAGAACAAGGUUCCUCGUUGGUGGUGAGGAGAAGGUUCUUGGCGGUGAGAACAAGAUUCCUGGCGGUCAGGACUAGGUUUCUGGGGCUGAGGACAAGGUCCCUGACGGUAGGGAGAAGGUUCCAGGCGGUGAGGACAAGGUUUCAGACGGUGACGACAAGGUUUCUAACGGUGAGGACAAGGUUCCUGGCGGUGAGAACAAGGUUCCUGGCGGUGAGGACAAGGUUACUAGCGGUGAGGACAAUGUUCCUGGCGGUGAGGACAAACUUCCUGGCGGUGAGGACAAGCUUCCUGGCGGUGAGGACAAGGUUCCUGACGGUGUGGACAAGGUUCCUGGCGGUGAGGACAAGGCUCCUAUCCAUGAGGACAAGGUUACUGGCGGUGAGGACAAGAUUCCUGGCGGUUAG